AUGUUUGAUUUAGAUUUUACAUUAGGAGUUUGGGGAGAUAAUGAAGCAUGUGGUGAGAUUAAUUUCUCUUUUGAUGGACUCCGUAACGAUCAACUUGUGCUGAUCAAAAGAUAUAGUUUGGUUUCUCUUUUGUCAAUUUGUCCCACCAGGCAGCAGCGAAGGCUUCUUCGCUCUCAAGGGUUGUUCCACAUAGUUGCUGGCUUGGACCAUGACACCGCUGACUUGAACCUUGACACUGCUAGCUUUUCCCUUUCAAUCUAG